UCUAAUUUUCACAUUUUUGCAAUGUUGACUAGUGAUGUUCCUAACCCUAGUGACCCUGAACUUGUCGAGCGUCUUGUUCUUGAUCUGCUAGAUCCAGAGCUAAAGGGGCAUGCUCUUUCUGAGCUACGCAAGAAAAGGGAGAUGUUUCAGGACCUAGCUCUGCUGUUAUGGGAUUCUUUUGGCACAAUUACUUCACUGCUCCAGGAGAUUAUAGUAGUGUACCCUGCACUUUCACCCCCAACAUUGUCGUUGACCUCUUCAAACCAAGUCUGCAAUGCGCUAGCACUUCUUCAGUGUGUUGCAUCUCAUCCUGGGACUAGGAGCCGAUUCAUAGAAGCUCGCAUUCCGUUGUACCUGUGUGCAUUUUUGGAAACAGACAGCAAGACCAGGCAAUUUGAAUACAUGCGGCUGACAAGCUUAGGUGUCAUUGGUGCUCUUGUUAAGGCUGAUGAUCCAAAAAUUAUCAAUUUUCUGCUGGAAAAUGAAUUUGUUCCUCUAUGCCUUCAUAAUAUGACGAUCGGCAGUGAACUAUCAAAAACUGUGGCAACUUUUAUCACUGAAAAAAUUGUCCAAGAUGAUGCCGGGCUGCGGUACAUAUGUGCUAAUGCUGAUCGGUUCUACGCUGUGGGAUCUGCUUUGGCAACCACAGUUACUUCCCUGGUUGAUCAGCAGCCUUCCAAGAGGUUGCUGAAGCACAUCAUCCGCUGCUACCUCAGGAUGGCAGAUAAUCCUAGGGGUUAUGCUGCACUACAGACUUGCCUUCCUCCCAAGCUGAAAGAUGGCACAUUCAACAGCUGUCUUAGGGAUGACCCUUCAGGGCGACAUUUGCUCCAACAACUGCUGAACAAGGUGAUAAGUGGAAGGAAUGUAGGACAAGCUCAUAACAGUGCUACUCGCAUGUCUUGGGGAUAAACCAAUUAACCUGGUGGCUGCACAUCACUCGAUCCAGUGAUGAAUUAUGUCGCUAUGAAUCGCAGCCAUAAGCAUGAAGGAAAACACUAUGUUUAUGUCUGGAAUAAAGUGUUAGACUGCAGUGAAAUUAAAUUUUUGGUUUUGUAUUAAUAAGCACCGGAGACUGAAACACUCACAGCGCAUAUAUGCAAAUGAACUGGUGGGGAAGUAUACUCUUAUAUAUAUA